AAAAAGAAAAAAAAAAAACAAUAAAUAUAUUUAAAUAAUUUAAAAAUGAGUCAAAACAAUCUGUUACACUGACUUAACACAGAAAAGCAGUUAAAUUUUUAAAGGAAACGCAACAGUUAUAUAAGUACGGGUUCCUUCGUGAUUGAAAGAACAGUUGCAAGAUAUCAUAAAUAAAAGCGAAAGCAGUUUCCAAAAAUGAAGCAAUCGAGCGAAAAAUCUGUCCAUCUAAAUAAUGUUAUAUAAAGCAAGCAGCCGUCGUUACGAAACAUAAAAACAUAAGAGCAACGAUAACCGCAGCAACAUUGAGAGCAAACUACAAAAAGAAAAAUCGAUGAAAUGCCUUCAAGACGAAUGGGUGGUGGGGGCAGUGGUGGGACCACACGUCGCAAACAUUCGUUAGGAAAUUUACGGCGAGCUCAUCCAGCCUCAGGAGCUACAUGGAACGUGCAAGUUGUACGCGGCAAAAUGUCAUCAAAAUGUCUAUGGCAUGCUUGUCGUGCAUUGGUUUUAGGUUUAACGCUAUUGCUGUUGGGCGCCGGCAUGGCCACUAUAGGUUAUUAUGCUGACUAUCUAUCAAUGGGCUCAGAGCUACGUGGUAAUGCUACGGUGCGUGUGAAAAACGACCUUAAAGGUUUUCACUUAAAUAAUUUUUCAUACGUCGGCCCGAUUGUAAUGGGUUUUGGUGGUUUUAUUGUUGUUGCAUCUUGUGUUAUGACUUUUGAAGCGAGAGAUUCAGCAGCUAAAGUAGUGCCAGCUCGUUUAAGGGCCGUCGGUAACAGUAAAACUACUGUGCGCAGUAAUCAAAGCAGUGCCGCCUCACAGCGAAGAGCAGCAGGAAUACAGUUGCAAGCUAGUCGCUGGGAUCAACAUUUCGGAGUGUUUCGUUCGUCGCCCGCGACGGAAAUUCCACAACCAACGCCAGCACCCCUCGAUCGCGAAGCCUUAACUGCAGAACUUAUCAAAUUUUCCAAAUCCCUAAGUGCAUCUGCUCGCUUUUCACCGCAACUGCGACGGCUUACCUUAACUGGCUCUGUGCCAAAUCUCUCCACUCAUGCCAAUCAUCCUCUCGCCUAUUCCACUAAUAUAUCACAUUUGCUUUCGCCGAAACACAAAUCCCUGCUAUUGAUGGAACACAAACGUUUUCGCCACUCGCACCAUCGUCACCAUCAUCAUCAUCAUCAACAUCACAACCACCAUUACAACAAUAACCAUCAAAAUCGUCCUAAAUCAAAUAAUAACAACAACAACAACAAUAGUGGUCGUCAGAUCAAAAAUCGUGGUACACGUAUUAGUAAUAGUUUAAUUCAAAGAACAACACGCGAGAGUACUGGUUCGGUGGCCUGUACUUUAUUACAACCGCCUAGUAAUAAACUUUACUGGCAUGCAGCUUCAUUUGAUGAGAGUGCACGAUCGGAUAAACAACUCGCGCGAAUGGUAGAGCGUACAAAACGUUCCGAUACAGCAAAAAGGCACGUGCUGUCACGUCAGAAGCCAAUUGAACAAGAAGAAGAUAAAAGCUCUGUUAGUCCACUAACUAAUCGCAGAAACUCUAUCAUGUCGGAUUCAUCGUAUAGCGGCCGCUGGACGGCACGUUGUACUUCAAUAGCCAGCCGAGCAUCAAGCAUUGAUUCGCGACGCAUUCAAGUCGACCUACAUAGCCCUGAAGUAAUGCCGAAGUCCAUAUUACGUUCACCGAAACGGUACAGUUCAGGACCUUCAAAUAAUUCGUCAGUGGAGAGAGAAUUCAGAAGUCAGUUAUCGGUUUGUUCUGAACCACCGGCAACCAUACGUCAACUUUCGGGUCAGUCCAGUCUCGAGCCUUGUCUACCGGAAGAAGCAAUAGAAACGAUCGAUGAAAAAACCCAAGUCAAUCUUAGCGACUCAUCUAAAUCUCCCGUAUCUCCGUCAACGCCAGAAAACACCGAGCCAUCGCCUAUUAAACCGGAUAGUAAACACUGCAAUCGUUUCGCUGCGAUUAAAAAGCCCCGACCCGAUUCAUUACCGCUAACGGGUUCAGCUACGAUUUUGAAUUGCACAAAAUCUAAACAUGAAUUCAGCGAUAAAGUGUUGCAACGGAGCAACUCAACGCGGACGUUCUAUCGACCUAAACCGCAAAUAUCGCCCAGACAUAAUGAUUCCAUAUUUUAUAUACGUUCACUGGAACAGCGUGACACUUAUGAUUGGUAUGAUUCCGAGCAAGUAAUUAACGAACGUCGCUGCACAUUACUUAAAGCAGAUAGCGAAACCGCAUUAACAGAAAGAAAGCAAAGUAGUUUUUCAAUACCUGAACGUAUCAAUGAGAACUCACACCAUACGUCCGUUGAUAUUGAAGAUGUGACACCGACAACAACAACAACAACAAUAGUAACGAAUAACGAGACAGUCUUGCAAAUUGAUAUAGACGUUCGCAACUCAACGGUCGAGGUGAGUAAAAACACUUAG